AUGCGAGCAUCAGAAUGGUUACGUAUUAGGCUUUGUAUGGGAGGAAAUGUCAGUCUCUGCUAUACUGCUCAGAGCUGUCAGAAGAGCUAUGCUGAUCAAAGGCGGAAGCCUUUGGAGUUUGAGGAAGGAGAGCAUGUCUUUCUAAAGGUUACUCCAACAACUGGAGUGGGAAGAGCCAUUAAAACAAAGAAACUUAAUCCCCAUUACAUCGGAUCAUUUGAGAUUCUGAAGAGAAUUGGACCGGUGACUUAUAGGAUCGCUUUACCGCCGCAUCUUUCAAACUUGCAUGACGUAUUUCACGUGUCACAGCUUCGAAAGUAUACUCCAGAUGCAAGUCAUGUAUUGGAGCCAGAAUCAGAUCAAGUGAGAGAGGACCUGACGCUUCCAGUAAUCACAGUUAGGAUCGAUGACACUAGUAUCAAACGUUUGCACGGAAAAGAAGUAUCAUUAGUGAAAUUGGCUUGGAUUCGGGCUGGUAUUGAAGAGUAUACUUUGGAGCUCGAAUUGGAUAUGUGGAAGGACUACCCACACCUUUUUUCAAGUAAUUGA